GGAAUCCGACCCCAUCCAAGCUUCGGGGGCCGCCCGCUAGGCUUGGCGGGGUGCAUCGUGGAGCCGGCCCGCUCUCCGGCCACGCGGUGGCAACGGCGGCCUAGCGGCGCAGCACAGGGUUUCAGAAGAAAGUGUGGCCCUGGGCGGGCUGAGUGGGAGGUGCCGAGGCCGCGGCCCGGAAGUGGUCGGGGCCGCGGCGGGCGGAAGGGCGCCCUCGCUUCGUGCGCUCUGCGGCUGGCCCGGUGAGGCCCGCGGAAUUCGGAGCAGCCGGGAACUCGGCCUCCGCCGUCGGGGCCCUCUCGCCAGGCUGGAGACCCAGGCCCUCAACGCCGGGCCCUACUCUGGAAGCGCUCGCGGCCCGGCGCCUGGACUGGGGAGUUUCAUAUCAUGUAUCCAGUGUAUCCUGCAAAGAUUUACAGCAAUGAAACGAGAUCAAAUCUUAUCAGUUAGGCUGUUUUCGGUUCUGCAUGCAAAUAUGGUGCUAUAGUAUUUCUAGAGGACUGUAGAGGGCUCAUCAUCAAACUUAUGAAUGAAAAACGGGUAUUGUACUGCCUGUAAAAUAACAGAACACCACUAUCCACACCGUUCCUUGAGAAAAAGACAAGCUGAGGCUGCACUUUGGCGUAAAUUGCAAUCGAUUAGGGAUCGUUUCUCAGACUCAAGUUAGAAGUGAGAGUUCAGAUAAGUGAGGCCGCCAUUGCUGCUUUGAACACCUCAGAAGGGGAGAAUGGAUUUAUCAGGAGUGAAAAAGAAGAGCUUGCUAGGAGUCAAAGAAAAUAAUAAAAAGUCCAGCACUAGGGCUCCUUCUCCUAGCAAACGCAAAGACCGCUCUGAUGAGAAGUCCAAGGAUCGCUCUAAAGAUAAAGGGGCCACCAAGGAGUCAAGCGAGAAGGAUCGCGGCAGGGAUAAAACGCGAAAGAGACGCAGCGCUUCCAGCGGUAGCAGCAGCACCAGGUCUCGGUCCAGCUCUACUUCCAGCUCAGGCUCCAGCACCAGCACAGGCUCCAGCAGCGGCUCCAGCUCGUCAUCAGCAUCGAGCCGCUCAGGAAGUUCCAGCACGUCCCGAAGCUCCAGCUCCAGCAGUUCCUCUGGCUCUCCAAGUCCUUCUCGGCGCAGACAUGACAACCGGCGGCGUUCCCGCUCCAAAUCCAAACCACCCAAAAGAGAUGAAAAGGAAAGGAAAAGGCGGAGCCCUUCCCCUAAACCCACCAAAGUGCAUAUUGGGAGGCUCACCAGGAAUGUGACCAAGGAUCACAUCAUGGAGAUAUUCUCCACCUAUGGGAAAAUUAAAAUGAUUGACAUGCCUGUAGAAAGGAUGCACCCCCAUCUGUCUAAAGGCUACGCAUAUGUGGAGUUUGAGAAUCCAGAUGAGGCUGAGAAGGCACUGAAGCACAUGGAUGGAGGACAAAUCGAUGGCCAGGAGAUCACUGCCACUGCUGUGCUGGCCCCCUGGCCUCGGCCACCCCCUAGGCGAUUCAGCCCUCCCAGGAGAAUGCUGCCACCGCCUCCCAUGUGGCGCAGGUCACCCCCACGGAUGAGGAGAAGGUCACGUUCCCCGCGGCGCAGGUCCCCUGUGCGCCGGCGAUCCCGCUCACCUGGCCGCCGCCGCCACAGGAGCCGCUCCAGCUCCAACUCCUCCCGAUAAGCAGGGCCACCGAAGUCUGCCCUGUGACUUGUGUCCCAUCCAGCUCAAUUUUGUCAAUUUUCUAGCCGAAGGAGGAUCGGUGGAAAAAAAAUCUCUCACUCAGGGGCAGGCUUCAAAGGUGAAGGCAGCAAUUAUGACGUUUCCCCUGGCAGCAGAGUUCUGGCUUCAGGAGUGUUGUUGGUUUGGGGUCGUGCUUAUAAAGAUGCCCUCCAGUUUUCUGGCUAGAAAGCUUCCACGUUUCUAGUUCCUAAGGGCCAGUUUAAUGGAAAAGUCAGCAGGGAUGAGCAGGGGACUUCAAGUGGAGGUACAGACCCCGCCUGAGAGCACGUUUUCCCAUUCCACACACGACCUGGGGCCCAUCUGGUGGCCUGGUCGUGCCCUCACCUCUUGGCCUACUGAGUCCCACAGGAAAAGGUGUGCUUUAACGCAACUGCCAUUCCUGUUAGCCUGGCCCUGCUCCCCUGCUUGAGUCCUCUUCUGACCUCUAGGGCCAGAUACGCAAACUGGUUCUUUUCCCAUGUAUGCAGUGUGUAUGUACAUGUACACACACACACAUUUUUCCCAUGUGCGCAGUGUGUACAUACACACACAAACACACACACACACACACACACAUAUCUACCUUUCUCUCUGAAAUUGGUGAGUUGAGAACCAGCCCUGCCAGGUCAUCACAGAAACCCCCCCAACGUCUUGGUAUUCAUGGUGGUCUUGCAGGUUACCUUGGCAAUGUGUACAUUGCUUUUUUGGCUUUUAUUGUACAGUCAGUACUAUACAUUUUCUGUUUUGUUUUGUAACUUUGUAGCAUUUCAGAUAAUAUUGUGUUUGUACUUUGCUGUGUAGAGUAAAGAACUGUGUUGAAUAAAGCUAGAAUUAGAGUGCA